AUGCUCUUCACAAAGUUCCUCUUGACUGCCCUUGGCGCCUCUAGCGCCCUCGCCUCUUGUGUUGUCCAUGCUCGGGGACAGGCAACUGUGGCGAGCAAACUCUCUCCAGAGGCAAACGGACUAGGAAAGAAGGCAUUCAACCGCAAGCCCAGCUUCCUUACCUCGAAGACCGAGAAGUUCGUGGUCAACGGCACUGGUGUUCCUGAUGUCGACUUCGACUUGGGCGAGUCGUACGCUGGAAGACUGCCCAUCAGCGCACCCGACUUACACAACAUCUCAGGCGCCAACGAGCUUUUCUUCUGGUUCUUCCCGUCGAGCAACCCUCUUGCCAGCAAUGAAAUCACUGUCUGGCUCAACGGCGGCCCAGGCUGCAGCUCGAUGGACGGUUUGCUGCAGGAGAAUGGACCUUUCCUCUGGCAACCUGGCACAUACUCGCCACAGCCCAACCCUUUCUCUUGGACUAACCUCACUAACAUGGUUUGGAUCGACCAGCCCAUUGGCACCGGUCUGUCAUCAGCAGAACCUGGCGCUUCCGCUCAGAUCAAAGACGAGCACGAGGUAGCAACCCAAUUCGCUGGGUUCUGGAAGAACUUCAUUGACACCUUUGACAUGCACGGGUACGAUCUCUACUUGACAGGCGAGUCGUAUGCAGGUAUAUUUCUACCCUACAUUGCAAACCACUUCCUCGACAAAGACAACCAGGAAUACUACAACCUCAAGGGCGUUCAGAUAGAUGACCCAGCUAUCGGACCGCUUCCCGUGAUGGAGCAGGCCCCCGUCGUGCAGUACCUCAACAAGCACAGCAACCUCUUUAACCUCAACGAUACAUUCAUGUCCGCCAUCAAUGACCGCGCCAAGUCCUGCGGAUUCACCGACUUUAUGGACAAGGCGCUGACCUUUCCUCCCGGCGGCAAGUUCUCAUUUCCCCCUUCUAUCAACGAGUCUGCCGUGGUUGAUGCCGACUGCAACGUCUGGAUGCAAAUCGCCACCGCCGCCUUAUACGUCAACCCGUGCUUCAAUCCCUACCAUGUCACCGACUUCUGUCCCUUCCCGUCCAAUCAGCUCGGCUUCCCUACCCUGGGAUGGGGCCCUAACAACUAUUUCAAUCGGACCGACGUGCAAGAAGCCCUCAAUGUCUACCCUCGCGCCAACUUCAGCCUGUGCCGACCCAGCACUUUUGGUCUCGAACACUCAUCGCCCCCAGCCUAUUCUGUCCUCCCGUCAGUCAUCGAGCGAACCGGCAACGUGGUCAUCGCAAACGGCGAGCUGGACUUCAUACUCUCGUCAAACGGGACUCUUGCCAUAAUCAACAAUAUGACUUGGGACGGUGCCCAGGGUUUCGAGUCCUCGCCAUUUACCGACCAGUUCUACGUACCCUACAAUCCCACCAUCGCCCAAGCCCUGAAGGAGACCUUGUUGCAGAAGACCUUUCCCACCCUUCCGGUGGGCAUCGUUGGUGGCGGAGGCUUCUUUGGAAAGACACACUCCGAGCGGGGCCUGACAUUUGUCAAUGUAGAGAUGGCGGGCCACAUGAUCCCGCAGUAUGUGCCCGGCGCGGCCUACAGGCAGUUGGAGUUCCUGCUGGGACGUAUUAACAGCCUUUCUCUCAUUGGCGAUUUCACCACCCCGAUGGGCGAUUGCAGUGGAAGCACGCCCGUUUGA